AUGCCGCCAGGAGGAGAAGGGGAAGGAGAAGGAGAAGGCGAGAAUGGCAUCACGGUGCAGAGCCACCCACCGGCGACCGUCCGCCGCGACGAGGACGCCCCGCCCCAUUCUACGCCGCCGCUCCCCGACGUUCCUCCGGUAGCUUCCAAGGACAAGAAGCAGAAUCUGGAGCCCGUGCCGAACCUUCCCGAGGGCGCCCUCGUCGAGAUCCUUUCGCGGGUGCCCUACAGGUCGCUCUGCCGCUUCAAGUGCGUGUCCAAGCCGUGGCUCGCCCUCUGCUCCGCCCCCGACAUCCGCAAGAGGUCGCCGCAGACCCUCUCCGGCUUCUUCUACUACCAAGGCGAACGCCUUUGUUUCCGCAAUUUGUCUGGGAGAGGUCCGCCUCUGGUCGACCCUUCCCCGCCUUUCUUGCGCCGCAGCUACAAAAACGUUCAUGUCGAACAAUUCUGCGAUAGUCUUCUCCUCUGCAGCUGCUGGAAUUCGUGUUUACCAAGCAAACGUGAUUAUGUUGUGUGCAAUCCUGCCACUCGAGAGUGGAUUGUGCUGCCUCCUCUAGUAUUUUUGGGUCAGGAUCAAGAGGUCAGCCACAACUUCCCACCAAGUGUUUACUUGGGCUUCGAAGCCGCUGUUCCAUCCCGCUUUCUGGUGUUUGCAACACCUUACAAUGCUGACCGCCUUCCUGGACAAAUGGCGAUCUACUCGUCAGAAACUGGACAGUGGACUUAUGUGCAGACUAAGUGGCCAUCCGAAUCUCUCCUGGAUCUUAAUAGACGCAUACGUGUCUUCUUGAAUGGCACUAUGCAUUUGAAUACCCGUUAUAACUAUAAUACAAUGCUCACUGUUGACGCGGAGGGCAAAGUUUGGAGGGAGAUUCCAAUGCCAUCGCCAAAGAAAUCUGUUAUUUUUUGCACUCGGCAGUCUCAAGGACGCUUGUAUGCGUGGCAGAUGGCUUAUCGUUAUGGUUGCGAACUCUAUAUUUGGGUUCUCGAGGAUUAUGGUACUGGAAAGUGGGCCCGGAAGCAUACUGUCAAUGUUUUGGAACUGUUUGGAAGGCAUUGUCGCAAAGAUGGUCAAUAUUAUGAGAUGUUUGCAUUUCAUCCAGAUUGCAAUGUGAUUUUCCUUACCGACGAGAAGGAGAUGACAGUGUCAUACGACAUGGAUAGUCAGAAAGUGAGUGUUAUCUGCACUAAAGGCAUGAAGGGUAUGCCUUAUACUCCCUGUUUUGCAGAACUGCAAUCAGCUAGUCAUUGA